AUGGAGGAGAAUUCGAAAAACAAGGCGGCGGACAAGGACGACGGCGACGGCGGCGGCGGCGGCGCCACCAGGUACAGAGGCGUGCGGCGGCGGCCGUGGGGGAAGUUCGCGGCGGAGAUUCGCGACAUCGACAAUCACGGCGUCAGAGUGUGGCUGGGGACAUUUGCGACGGCGGAGGAGGCGGCGAGGGCUUACGAUAAGGCGGCGUACAGAAUGCGCGGCGCCAUGGCCGUCCUUAAUUUCCCCGAAGAGUACCGCUCGCCGGCGGCGGGAGUAUCUCCCGCGGCGGCGGCGGCGUCGACCUCGGCGGCGCGUGAAGGGAAGGAAGUGUUUGAAUUCGAGUGCUUGGACGACAAGAUGCUGGAGGAGCUCCUGGACUUUGGUCCUAAAAAUUAA